GACAGGACGCGCCCUCUGAAGCCACAGAAACCAACCCUCUCACACUCGACAAGUUCCCACCCAAACACCACUCUUUUAUACACACUCGUUCAUCAUGAAGGUCACCCAGGUCAUCUUUGCCCUCUGCGCUGCUGGCUUCACCGCCGCCGCCCCCGUCGAGACUGAGGUCGACAUUGCCUCCCUUAUCGAGGCGGACGCGGACUUCCCCCUCGCCGAGCUCGAGAGCUACUACGAGAAGAAGCUCAACGUGAAUGUCUCGGGUCUCAAGGCUCGCCAGUACACUAGCAGCACCUCCAACGAGCUCACCGAUGGCACCGCCUGCCGCGCCGUCACCUUGAUCUACGCCCGAGGCACCGGCCAGGACGGCAACAUUGGCGACCCGGCUGCUGUCGGCCCUCUGUUCUUCAACAGCCUGGCCUCGCGCAUCGGCCGCAACAACCUGGCCGUGCAGGGCGUGGACUAUCCGGCCAACGUCAUUGGCUUCCUUUCCGGCGGCGACGCGGCUGGCAGCAGGACCCUCGCCUCUCUCGCGCAGAGGGCUGCGACCCAGUGUCCCAACACCGAGAUUGUUCUCAGCGGCUACAGCCAGGGUGCUCAGCUCGUGCACAACGCUGCCGCGAUGCUCUCGACUGCUGUGACCAACCGCAUCACCGCUGUCCUCACCUUUGGCGACCCCAAGCAGAACCAGGCCUUUGGCUCCAUCCCCUCGUCGCGCACUCGCGUCAUCUGCCGCGCUGGGGACACCAUCUGUGCCGGCAGCAUUAUCCCCAACGAGGCGCACACGCUUUACCAGGAGAACGCUGCGGACGCUGCCGCCUGGGUGGCUGCCCGCGUCUGAGGGCAAAGGGUGAUAUUCGAAAUGGGUGGGACGUGAGAUGAAAUCGUAAUGAUUUGAUGACUUUGACGGUAUUUUCUUUGCUCUCGAGGCGCUCCCACAAAGCAGCGCAGUAU